ACUGCGACUGAGCCUAUCGUUGCCUAGCGUGUAUCGGUGUAUACGUCGUUGUGCACUCGACGUGUUUUCAUAGUCGAGCUCAAGUUCGCAUUGUUUUUUUCGCUCUCUGCCCAUUGUUCGCAGCAAACGGCCAAGGACCCCAAACACCCAACAGCUAAAGGAAUUUUGAUUUAUUUCGUUUGGACUCGAGAUUUUAGCUCUACCUCUUGACCAAAGAAUUCUCAGUUUUCUUCUGGUUAAUUGGACAUCUAUAGCCAGCAGUACAUACAAGAAACCACCAUGCCGCUCUUAUACAGUGUGAUUUCAAGAGGCCCGACCGUGCUGGCAAAAUAUGCAGCAUGCGCUGGAAACUUUGAAGAGGUUACAGAGCAAAUCCUUGCCAAAAUACCACCGCAAAACGACAAAAUGACUUAUUCGCAAGGACCAUACUUGUUCCAUUACAUUUAUGAAGAUUCCAUUAUUUAUAUGUGCAUUACAGAUGAUGAUUUCCCAAGAUCAAGAGCUUUCCUGUAUUUAAAUGAAGUUAAGAGACGAUUCAGAACAAUGUAUGGCGAUGGUGCUCAAACUGCAUUGGCUUAUUCAAUGAACACUGAAUUUGGAAGAGUUUUAGCUAAUGAAAUGAAACAUUAUAGUGAAUCUAAAGAUUUGGAUACAAUUUCAAAAGUUCAUGGAGAGUUAGAUGAACUUAAGGAUAUUAUGGUAAAAAAUAUUGACAAUCUUGCUAUGAGAGGAGAACGCUUAGAGCUACUUGUAAAUAAAACAGAAAACCUGACAAAUAACUCUGUGACGUUUAGAAAAUCCAGUCGUAAUUUAGCAAGAUCACUGUUCUGGAAAAAUGUAAAAAUGUAUGUUGUUUUAGGCCUGAUAUUAAUUUUUAUAAUUUAUGUUAUUCUUGCCAUAUCUUGUGGAGGACUUGGGUUGCAAAAAUGUGUGUCAAGCUCAUAAGUUAAUCAACUGUGCAAAACUAAUCACUUUUUAUAUAUUAUAUAAUGAACACUCGCAUAAAUAAUUUUAUAUAAAAAAAACUAACAAAAUAUGUUAUCAUUCCUAGAUGAAAAAGGAAAAAAUGCAAAAAAAUUGUACAUAAGCUAUUCUCUGCUUGAAAUAAAAAUAUAAAUGACAAGUAUAAGUGCAGUCAACGGUAAUAAUCGAAUGUGGUACUUUUAAAAAGAGACUUGUUGAAUUUUUAAAUUUUGUACAGCUAAUUUAAAUUGUGCAUUUUAUUUACA